CCACCGUUGAGCAAAUACAGGAGAAAGUCAGCAAACGCUCGAGAACGCGGUCGGAUGAGUGACAUGAACCUAGGCUAUGAACAGCUUCAAGCGGCACUACCCGAAAUGGGAAACAGCUCCAAAAUCACGAAACUGACUUUAUUACGCCUGGCAAUGAACUACAUCAAAUCAUUACAGGAUGUAUUA